AUGCUGCUUUUGACGAUUCUUGUUCAAUUGGCUGCUGCCUAUCCCGCCGUUUCGACGACCUCGACGACCUCAAACAGAGUACAAGAAAUUGAAACGCCGCUCCUUCGCACACGCCGAUCAGUCAUCGGCUACAGGGCACACCGCAACCGAAGCUUUUCCCACCACAGCAAAGAAUUGAUCAGACGAAGUGUUCUCGGGUCUCAGUUCUCGAAGAAAGAAUUUCUCCCCUUCAAGGACAUGAAGAGAAGGUACUACACAGAACACAUGAUGCGACGAUAA